CUGUUGUCCAUGGAAAUAGAUAACGGUUUAAGUUAAACCGUUAUGUAUAUGCGUUAUCUAUUAGUUUCAUACAUAACGGUACUACAAAACCGUUAAGCCGACCGUUAUCUAUGAGCAUAUUUUUAUAACGGUUAUUUCAACCGUUAUCUAUGAGCGCCUCUCAAUACUAUUAUGUAUUAACAUUUUUUUUUUCUUUUUUUUAAUCAAGUUUUUCAAGCUUCUGCACCACACUCUUAACACUCUUAACACACCCGCCGCCUCCCCCCAAGCUCCCCCCGGUGACGCCGCCCGGACGACGCUGCACGAGCAACCGGACGCCGAUGCCAGUGAGUCAGUGACCGCCCCCCACCCACCCUGCGUCGCGUCGCCUCUGACGCCGCUCUUCUCGCAGCAGCAGAUCGGGCGGCGGAGCACCCCUCUCCUCCGCUGACGCCGUUCUUCUCGCAGCAGCAGAUCGGGCGGCGGAGCACCCCUCUCCUCAGCUGACGCCGCUCUUCUCGCAGCAGCAGCAGCAGAUCGAGCUUUUUGCUUCUCCGUCUGCCACCUACCGCACCCGUCUCUCUCUCUCUCCGUCCGUUAACCCUAGCAGCCGCCGUCGGUCGAGCUCUCAAUCGCAGACCCUAGGAGCUGCCGCUGUCGCCGCCGCCUUCUACAAUAGCCACCACCAAGGUGUGUCGAGUCAGGUGUAUCAUAUCUCAACACUAAAGUGGAAAGGAUUAUUGAAGCUUCAGGAGGCCAUAGACUUGUAGAGUGUGAAGGCAACAUUGUGAUUCCCUGCAGGCAGAUGAGAUGAUCGUUUCAGUAACUGGAGCCACUGGGUUCAUAGGUAAAAGAUUGGUGCAGAGAUUGCUUGCAGCCAGGGACUAUCCAGGAAUUAAAAUAGCAGAGGAACCAGAAUGGAGAAACUGCAUUCAAGGUUCUACGGCUGUUGUAAAUCUGGCCGGAUUGCCUAUAAGCACAAGAUGGUCACCCGAGAUCAAGAAAGAGAUCAAGGAAAGCAGGAUUAAAGUAACUUCUAAGGUUGUAGAUUUUAUUAAUAGCACACAGGAUGACCUUCGCCCCAAGGUUUUGGCUUGCAACUGUAGCAUCCGGGGCAGCCUCAGGGAAACUCCUAGAGUAUGAGGUUGGGGGUCCGAGGGUUUCAGUCCAGACAGCCUAUGGCAUCGAGGUUGAGGUGGAAAACAAUCCAUACGAUCCCAGCCUGAUGGUUUUUAUGGAUUAUAGAGACUACUGGAAACAUAAAGUUCAAUUCUUAGAAGCACAAUAUCCAACAUUUCUGUAUGCCAUGCCUGUGUCCCCAACAAGAGUUUUCUUUGAGGUAUGCCUCUGGGACUACUUCAAUAAGAAGAAGCAAACUAUAUUAAUUCCAUGGAGAAGAUGGUGCUAUUUUUGUCCCUGGUGGUGUAGUUAGUAUAAAAUUGGGCGAUAUUAAGAAUCUAGUGCUUAUAUGGUGGAAGAAUUGUUAGACAUUAAUGUAUGUGAUAUUUGUGAAUAUUUGGAUGACAAUGUAUGAAUAUUUUGAAUGUUAUAUAAUAUAUGUUAUCGAUGGCAAUGUUA